GAAGGCAAUUGAAAAAGAAGUGGAAUACUGCUAAGGCAAGCUAUAUAUCCACAGGAAAAUCCACUUAUUUGACCUCCUCCAAAAAUAUUCAAACAAGAAAAGAAAGGAAUUCCAAAAUAAUCAUAUAUAUCUGCCAUUUUACAAUUCUACAAUAUAAUCUCCUCCCAUCCCUCCCUGAUCAACUAGUAUAAUGGCAACAACAACAAUAGGCAUCACCUAUAUUAUUAUUCUUGUUGCAUGUUUUCUCUCUUCAUCAUCAGGUACAUACAUACCCUGCUUUCAUUUAAUUUACUAUAUUUGUUCUGCUUUAUUUUGUGUCUUCAAUUCGUUCCAUUCCAUGCAUGCAGAUAUUGGAGUUGAAUCAUUCGGAAUCAACUACGGGCAAGUAGCAAACAAUCUACCAGAGCCAGAGAAAGUGCUAACACUGUUGAGCACCCUAAGGAUCACAAAGACAAGAAUCUACGACACCAACCCUGACAUUCUCAGGUCUUUCGCAAACUCCAACAUGGACUUAAUCGUGACGGUGGAGAACGAGAUCCUAAGCCAACUGGACGAUCCACAAGCGGCGUCUCAGUGGGUCAGCACCCGCAUACUACCAUACCUACCGGAAACAAAGAUCAGCGGAAUUCAGGUUGGAAAUGAAGUCUUCACGGACGACGACACCACUCUCAUCCAGCACCUUGUCCCUGCAGUCAUCAACAUCCACAACGCUCUCACCAAAGCAGGAUACUCCAACAUCCAAGUCUCCACGCCCAGUUCUCUGGCGGUUCUGGAUGAGUCUUACCCUCCUUCUGCCGGCACCUUCAAGGCCGAGAUAUCUACAAUCAUGUACCAGUUCUUGAACUUCCUCUCAACAACCAAGACCCCCUUUUGGAUCAAUGCAUACCCAUACUUUGCAUACAAAGACGAGCCUAAUCAGAUUCCACUCGACUACGUUCUCUUCAAUCCCAACUCGGGAAUGGUUGAUCCCAACACCAAGCUUCGCUACGACAACAUGCUCUAUGCAAUGGUCGACGCCGUUUACUUCGCCAUUGCCAAGAUGGGCUUCAAGGGGAUCGAGGUCAGAGUCUCUGAAACCGGUUGGCCUUCCAAGGGUGAUGUAGACGAAGCUGGUGCAACUCCGCAGAAUGCCGCUACUUACAAUCGUAACUUGUUGAGGAGGCAAAUGGCCAAUGAAGGCACACCUUUGAAUCCCAGGAUGAGGUUGGAGGUUUACUUGUUUGCAUUGUUCAACGAAGAUUUGAAGCCUGGACCUACCUCUGAAAGAAACUAUGGUCUUUUUCAACCUGAUGAGUCUAUGACUUACAAUGUUGGCUUCUCUGCUCUUGCAACCACAUCUUCUUCUUCAUCGCCGUCUUCUUCCUCUUCUUCUUCCUCCGCCUCCUUUUCCCUUGCCUCACGUGCCACUCACACCAAGGUAGUUCACAAGGGAUACCAUCAAAGCUUCAUGUUUUGGAUGUUUGUGUAUUGGGUAAUUUCAGCCCUUUAUGUGUGAACAAAAUUACAGUGCAUCAUGCGGUAAUUCAAGUGGCUAAAAAGGUGACCUGUCUCACAAACCAAAAGGAGCUUUCCAGAAUCUGAAAUACUACUUCAUGAACUCUAUCUAUUAAAGGCAACCUAGCUAGCUAUUUUGUGUAAAAAAAAUAGAAAGCACACGCUUUCCAAAAGAUUGGGCAGCAAAAGAAAGGAGUUCAAUUUCGAUGGGGGAGAGAAUUGAUGAUGAAGAUUAUUAGUACUACCAAACAUCUUAAUUCAAGUGGCUAUACUUUAAUUUCUUUCAUCCACUUAACCCCACCAUUAGUCACAUUAUUCUAGCAACAUUACCAUGUGGCCGCAAUGUGAUGUGAAAUUUAGCUUAUUUUUAGGUACAUAAAGGGACAAAAACGCCACCUCAUUCUUUCAGUUUCGAUGCAAGAUGAUGUUGCAACAGAAUCAUUUCUAGUUUAAAAUACCAAAUAUAUCUUAGCUUCUACGUUCCUCAUUAUAUGUAAAGUUUUUAAUCUCGCUUUU